AAUGGCAGCUGACAUGUUUUGUUUUCCAAGCUGGCGCCAGUAAGGACCGAAUAGCACGUUGCGAGCAAAUUUCACAUUAUAUUUCGGUGUCAUGGACACGCACAUGGCUAAAAAGACAUGGGAAAUGAGUAAUAAUGUUGAAACUGUCCAGAGCAUUGACGACCUUUAUAAGUACAACAAGAAACAGCAACAAGAUAUACUGACAGCAAAACCAUGGGAAAAAGAUCCUCACUACUUCAAAGAUAUGAAGGUAUCAGCACUGGCUCUGUUGAAGAUGGUUAUGCAUGCUCGAUCAGGAGGGACUCUCGAAGUGAUGGGGCUAUUGCUUGGAAAAGUCGACGCCAACACCAUGAUCGUGAUGGACUCGUUUGCACUACCGGUCGAAGGAACCGAAACCAGAGUGAACGCUCAAGCUCAGGCAUACGAGUACAUGGCUGCUUAUACAGAAAGUGCCAAAACAGUGGGGCGGUUGGAGAACGUCAUUGGAUGGUACCAUUCCCACCCUGGCUACGGGUGCUGGCUCUCAGGGAUUGAUGUCAGCACUCAGAUGCUCAACCAGCAGUUUCAGGAACCUUUCGUUGCCAUUGUGAUUGACCCAGUGAGGACCAUCUCUGCUGGAAAGGUCAACCUGGGGGCAUUUCGUACCUACCCUAAGGGAUACAAACCACCGGAUGAAGGACCAGCAGAGUACCAAACCAUCCCUCUGAAUAAGAUUGAAGAUUUUGGUGUUCACUGCAAACAAUACUACUCUCUUGAAGUUUCCUACUUCAAGUCUUCACUAGAUCGUAGGCUACUGGACUCCCUGUGGAACAAGUACUGGGUCAACACACUGAGCUCAUCUAGCCUUUUAACGAAUGCAGACUACACAACGGGACAAGUGUUCGACCUUUCGGAUAAACUGGAACAAUCCGAGUCCCAACUCGGCCGGGGCGGAUUUGUCCUCGGACUUGACCCUCACGAAAAGAGGACGGAAGACAAGCUGGCCAAGGCUACCAAAGACAGCUGCAAAUCCACGAUUGAAGUGAUCCACGGUCUCAUGUCUCAAGUGAUCAAAGAUAGACUUUUCAACCAGGUCAACUACGACACUCAAGGAUGACUCGUAGAUCGUUGAUGUCCGUAUUUGACUUUCCUCCGCGCUUUGGAAAUUGAGUUAGUAUUGUGUCGUUGCUUGCUAAAAUAAAUGUUUUGAAAGGCAUA